GCGCAUGCGUAAGGUGUGCCAGCUUGCCAGGUACUUCCUGCUUCUCGUUCAAGCAGCUCGUAAAGUCGAAUAAUCUUCUAAAACGAAAUAAUGGCCUUGAGCGAAGAUACGCAACAAGAAAUUAAAGAAUGUUUCCAGUUAUUCGACAGAGAAGGAAGAGGUUCAAUUCCAAUAGAUCAAUUAGGAGAAAUGGUCAGAGCUUUACGUCAAUGCCCAACCCAAAAGGAGGUAGGAGAGCUGAUAAGAGAAUUUUGUGGCAAUAAAGGAGAAUUUUCCUUGUCAACUUUUACGUCGAUCGUGACAAAGUUAUCGCAAAGAAAACGCGAUACGGAAGACGAAGUUCGUGAAGCGUUUAGUGUAUUUGAUCGGGAUGGAAAUGGAUAUGUUUCUGCUGCAGAAAUUCGUCACGUUAUGACCUCUCUGGGCGAAAAGUUAGGUCAUGAUGAAAUUGAGGAGCUUCUUUCUGAAGUGAACAUCGACAGCGACGGACAAAUUGAAUAUAAAGCUGUCGUUCGAACGCUGAUGCAAAAGUGA